AUGUCUGUCUUUCACCGUUGUGUUUUGCUGUUCGGAGUGCUCAGCGGGUUUGUGUCGCCUGCGCCCGCCGCCUCGGAGACGGACCGGCUAAUCUUGCCUCCUUCCCCAACCGAAGCGCCUGAUGUUGCCAGCACGGCCUGUGGAGAUCUCAUCAUCUCCAAAGAACAAGGACAGACUCUUUUCUGGGCUUCAGACGUGUUCGACUGCUUAUCCAGUGUUCCAUUCAUCCCUGACGUGGCCUCUCGUUUCAUCAACUAUUACAACCAAACGCUGCAGUUCCAGAGCACGCUCGCGUUUCUACGAGAUCCUCCAGAGGGCUACCAGCAACCUCCCGUCGACGUCGUGGCCGAGUUAGAACUCCUACAAGAAAAUGUCGCGGAAGGAAAAUACAACACACAGUAUGCCUUCGAAGCUGAUCUGCAGCUUCUGAUCAACCGCAUUCAUGAUUCACAUGUCUACUUAAGUGCAGGUCUGCUGGCGCCUUUUACUUUCAUCUCGCCAUUUGCUCUUAUAUCAGCUUCCCGCGAUGGAAAGGAGUUGCCAGUUAUCUAUUUCCAGCAGGAGGUCAUUGAUAGCCAGGCCGAGGGUUGGGAACCAUCGCCUAUCGACAAGAUCAACAACAUAGACGCAGUGGAAUUCCUGACUUCGUUUGCUGAGAUCAAUUCAGAGGGGUACAUUGAGCCACACGCUGACUGGAAUGCCCUCUUCGAGCACCCUGCACUUGAUAUCCAAAACUACCAAAGUGUUCUGCACUCAGCCAUCUUCUAUCCAGGUGAUGCCAUCAAUUAUACCCAAGCCAACGGCACGGUCACAGCCUCAUACUGGCUGGCUUCCUACAGCGAGGCCGGCCACACUGGUCCGUUGACCACUGCUGGGGACUUCUACAACUACUUCGUGUUGGGCAUUCUCCCCGAUAGCUGGGAUGCUUCAAACCCACAGUGGUGGCCAACCUGGGAAGGAGAUAAUGGCGACUCUGGAGAAGAUAGCAGCGAAGGAGGUCCUUCUCAAGCAGUUCGCAAUUGCAACAAUGGCAACCCGAAGAACGCCAGCUGGUGCGAAGAGUCAAAUGGCGCUUAUCCUAAUAAUCCGAGCUACGCACAAAAGGAUCUCAGCCGGUUGAAAGGCGGAGUAGUAACGGGUUACUUCCUGGAGGACGGCACGGGCGUGCUCAGCAUACCCAGUUUUCUCCAGCAAGGAAACGACUUGCUCAACUUUUUCGAUACCAUCGACCAAUUCCUUGCUGAUGCUGCGAAAAAGAACACUACAAGGCUGAUCAUAGAUCUACAGCAAAAUUAUGGCGGGCUAAAGCUGCUUGCUGUAUCUGUCUUCAAGCGCUUCUUCUACGAUCAAGAACCCUGGACGGGCAGCCGCAUUCGCAUAAGUGAUAUAGCCAAUACUCUGGGAGAGAGCUACUCCUCCUGGUGGAGCGGUCUUGAGACCGGGGGCGAUGGCGCGCUUGAUGCAAACUACCAGUACUUCGCUUCUAGCGAAUGGGUUGUGGGAAACAGAAUCAAUCCUGAAACCGGAGCGAACUAUAGCAGUUGGGACGAGUAUAAGGGCCCUGUCUCCCACCAGGGUGAUACAUUCUCACAUCUGCAGCUUUACAAUCUUUCUGACCAGGUAUUCGACGCUGCCGGUUUCCAAGGCUGGAUCCCUUACGGUUAUGGUGAUGACCAAGCCAACCCCCCGCCACCAUCCUGGGCACCAGAUAACAUCGUCCUCCUCACCGACGGUCUUUGCACUUCUGCCUGUGCAGCUUUCGUGGAGCUUAUGGCGGAACAGGCAGGCGUGAAGACCGUCGCCGUGGGUGGUCGCCCUGCCACUGGCCCUAUGCAAACCGCAUCCGGUAGCCGUGGCGCCCGUCUGUACUCAUCCGAGGCACUCGAUUAUGAUUUUAGCAAUGUCAACGAUACCCUAGAGUAUUUUGACGCCUACGCGAGACUCCCACAGCGCAAUAACAAUGACCUCUUCGUCAACUUUGCUGGCUUCAAUAUUCGCGACCAGAUCCGUAAAGGGGACAAGGACGCCGUCCCGGUGCAAUUCAAGUACGAUGCAGCUGACUGCAGAGUAUACUACACUCUCAAAAACAUCUACGACCUUGAACAACUUUGGAAAGAUGUCGCUGCCGCCGCGUGGGAUGAUCCAUCUCGUUGUGUUGAGGCAUCCACGGGUUACUCAGUCCAUCACAACACGACCGAAUAUAGGACUCCACCCAAGCGCACCGCCCAGGCGCCGAAUCUGAGGCUGGAUCACAUCACCUUUUCUGACCUUGCUUCGAACAUCUCCGGGUCUCCUUCGCUGUACGAUGUUAUCCGGAAAGACUCCGUCUCUACGACAAAUCUCAAACAGUGCUUCGAUACAAAUGCAUCGACAGACUGCAAGGGCACGACUUUACAAUGUAGAUCGUUUCCUGUGGAUUGCAAUGGUGAUGGACGGAUCUUCAAGAAAAUGAGUGCGUGUCUUCAAGACACAACUAAUUUUGCAGGCGCUUGCGGCGACAAUAUGUUCUUCCAGCCGACAACUGAUGCAGACUCGAAGAAGAACGUGCCAAAGAAGAAUGGCAUCAAUGUGCCUUACCAACCGGUCAUUGUUACGGACGGCUACUGCGUACCUUACUACGUUGAUUCGGCCAGAUAUGGACUGGGUUGUCCGCGGCAAUAGGCGUGUAUCCCAUGCAUAGACUUUAGCGUAUAGAUG